CCAUUUAAAUAAAACUUCUAACGCCGUAAAUAAGCCGCUAAUGGAACCUAUCUAAAAAACCAUCCCUCAAAGCUCACGCCGGCCAGAACUCCGGCCUUCCCUUCCGCUCCAAAUUCACAGAAUAACUUCAUCUUCAAUUGGGAAGAGCGUUCGAUUAUUUAUCUUUUUCUUUCUGCUACAUUUCUGAAGCUCAGUGUUGAUUAGUUUUCACUGAGGAUGAAAGCAUCAUGAGAUAUAAACAGCGCUAAUCUGCUCCCUGCGAAACCACAACCUACGCACUGGAGUCGCUUCCUUCAAUCAAUACAGUAACGUUAUACGUCCAUUUACUCUUUCUAUUCAGCUACUUUUACUGAAUUUCAUGGCAUCUCAUUGUAUUUCCGCUUCUUCGUUGUUCCCCUCAACUUCCUUAUCACGUCGACUACAAUCUCGAAGAAUUAGACGCUUACCUAACGCUAAUUCAUCAAUUACAUGUCAUAUAUGUAACUCAGAACCCGAAGAAGAAUCAAAAAAUAAGAUAACUGCUUUGAAUUUACUCCAAAUCUCUGUAACCCUAACGAUAAUAUCGGCUUCACUACCCCAGCCCGUAUUAGCAGCCAAAGUUUCACAAAAGAAGCGUCCUCCCAAAAAGACGAACACAUUAACACCCGAAGAGUGGAAAACAUGGUCACAAGGGCUCCCUGUCGUAGCUAAUCGAAUUCCAUAUACUGAUAUUCUGAAUCUGAAACAAGAUGGAAAGCUUAAACACAUAAUUAAACCCCCUGGUCGAGGUUUAAAGGAAAGACCUGUAGUUGUUUUAGCUGUUUUAGAGGAUUCUAAAGUUGUCAGACUUGUGGUGCCUUCAAUAGACAGUGAUCAGAAGUUUUGGGAAUCAUGGGAUGCAAUGGAGAUCGAUUCAAUAUGUGUUCAGGCGUAUACUCCACCUGUUAAGAUGCCAGAUGUUCCUCCCCCCUUUUUAGGGUUCUUAGCAAAAGUUCCUGUCUGGAUCUUUUCAUUAGUGAAGCCAAAACCAGUCUCAAAAAAAGUCUUGGAGUUAAGGAAAGCAAGAGAGGAGCUUAAGAAGAGCAGAAGCAAUGAGAUGUUGAGUAGAAAGAAAGAGAUAGCACAAAUGGAGAAGGCAAUGAGAGCACAAAAGAAGAUGGAAGAGAAGAAGAAGAAAAUGGAGGAACAAAAGCUCAGAAGUGAACAAUCCAUGAUUGAAGCUGAAAUGACAUACUCUCGCAUGUCUAACAUGUGGAGAGAUUUAGCGCGCGACUCCAAUGUUACAUUGGUUAUUGGGUUGUUGUUCUUUGUUUUGUUCUACAAGACUGUUGUUUUAAGUUACAAGAAGCAGAAAAAGGAUUAUGAAGAUAGGUUGAAGAUUGAGAAAGCAGAAGCUGAAGAGAAGAGGAAAAUGAAGGAAUUGGAAAGGGGAAUGGCAGGACUUGAACCUGGGGAAGAUGAUGAUGAUGAAGAAGGAAAGGAAGGUGAGGAGAAUCCUUACAUGAAAAUGGCUGCUCAGUUCAUGAAAUCUGGAGCUAGGGUUCGUCGUGCACAAAAUACAAAACUUUCACAGUAUUUAGAAAGAGGGGUGGAUGUGAAGUUUACAGAUGUAGCUGGACUUGGGAAAAUUCGACUUGAAUUGGAGGAGAUUGUCAAGUUUUUCACACAUGGUGAAAUUUAUCGCAGGCGAGGUGUCAAAAUACCAGGUGGCAUUCUCCUCUGUGGGCCCCCUGGAGUGGGAAAGACUUUGUUAGCAAAAGCAGUAGCUGGUGAAGCAGGUGUAAACUUCUUUUCCAUUUCCGCAUCACAAUUUGUUGAAAUAUACGUUGGAGUCGGUGCUUCACGUGUUCGUGCACUUUACCAAGAAGCAAAAGAGUGUGCUCCAUCUGUUGUGUUCAUUGAUGAACUUGAUGCGGUUGGAAGGGAACGUGGUUUAAUCAAAGGUUCCGGUGGACAAGAACGUGAUGCAACUCUAAAUCAGCUGCUUGUAUGUUUAGAUGGAUUUGAAGGAAGAGGUAAUGUGAUUACUAUCGCUUCCACAAACCGACCCGAUAUUUUAGACCCUGCUCUUGUGAGACCAGGGCGGUUUGAUAGAAAAAUAUUUAUUCCAAAACCAGGCUUAAUCGGACGUGUUGAAAUUUUAAAGGUGCAUGCGCGAAAGAAACCAAUGGCUGAAGAUGUAGACUAUGCUGCUGUUGCUACUAUGACUGAUGGAAUGGUUGGUGCUGAGCUGGCGAAUAUUGUUGAGGUGGCUGCCAUUAACAUGAUGCGUGAUGGAAGAACUGAGAUAACAACAGAUGACUUGUUACAAGCUGCACAAAUAGAAGAGAGAGGAAUGCUUGAUAAGAAGGAAAGAAGCCUUGAGAUCUGGAAACAAGUGGCUAUCAAUGAAGCAGCAAUGGCUGUUGUAGCAAUCAACUUUCCUGAUCUUAAAAACAUUGAAUUCAUUAAUAUCGCACCAAGAGCAGGGAGGGAAUUGGGCUAUGUGCGUGUGAAAAUGGAUCAUAUCAAAUUUAAAGAAGGCUUGUUGAGUCGGCAGUCACUAUUAGAUCAUAUUACUGUUCAAUUAGCGCCACGAGCAGCUGAUGAGAUUUGGCAUGGUGAAGAUCAGUUGAGUACAAUAUGGGCUGAAACAUCUGACAACGCCAGGUCAGCAGCACGGACACUCGUACUUGGUGGUCUUUCUGACAAAUAUUAUGGCGUAUCUAAUUUUUGGGUUGCUGAUAGAAUCGAUGAAAUUGACACGGAGGCAUUGCGGAUCUUGAACAUGUGUUACGGGCAUGCAAAAGAGAUUUUGGAGGGAAAUAGGAAACUGAUGGAUGCUGUUGUUGAUAUGCUUGUUGAGAAGAAGAGUCUAAACAAGCAAGAAUUGAUUGAUUUGGUUGAGUUGCAUGGGUGUAUAAAACCCGCUCCACCAAGUGUAGUGGAUCUUAGGGCUAUAAAACGUGAACACAUGCAAUCAAUGUUGAACCACAAGGAAGAAGAAGCUAGUAAGGCCACCAUUUGAAUGAUAUGAUAAUUUGUCAUGUGGUGGAGGGAGGGGUAAAUUGGUAAAAUUACCCAAGAUGAUGGAAUUUAUAAUAAUGGUUAUUGGGACAGAGGUGGAGUUUUGUUGAGUUGAAAUUUUUGUAAAGCGAUUAUUGCGAGAAAGGAAAUGUAAGGUGUAUUGUUUUAGAUUUGUAGAUUUUAGAGAUUCACAC